ACCCUCCGAAACCUCCCCACACACCGCCACCACCACCACCAUCACCACUCCUCCUUCUCUCCUCCUCCUCCUCCUCCUCCUCCUCUCCUCCCGAGGCUGAAAACACCAUCGCUCAUUCCCAGCCGUGACAUUUUCCAGCCUGUCGCCGUACGCUGCGCGGACAGCGAGCGCGAGGAGCCAAAAAGGAAAGGCUAGGAAAGGAUAGGGAAGGAAAGGAAAGGGGACGCCGUCUUGUCAGUCUCCCACAGCACCAAGCAUCUCCGACGCUCUGCGAUCCGGAGCGAGAGGCGCACCAGGCGGAGGCGAGGCGCUGCAGGAACCCGCUGCUCCCUUUCAGCCCGGGCUUUUUCUGGACUACACCGGACACGGCCCGAACAGGACUGGAUAUUUACGUCUCGGACCCCAGAGACAGAGGAAGAGAGCAAAGCUCGCUGGACUAGCCCAGCAGCGCAUCAUCAUCUCCGGGGUUGGACUGGCUGUCGAGUCGCAUGGAUAAGAGGUAUGAAGAGCUGGUGCACUACUCAGGGUCGGAGGGCAUGGCGGUGGGGGGGUACGGGGACGACGUCAGGGCGCUUCAUCCCCCACAGUACGGGCCCACCAUCCCUGACUCGCUCAAACACCACAAAGACCAGAUCUACGGUCACCCACUGUUUCCACUGCUGGCCUUAGUGUUUGAGAAGUGUGAGCUGGCCACCUGCUCCCCUCGAGACUCCGCCUCGCUCUCAGCCACCUCCCACCUCGCCGGCAUGCCCAGCCACAGCGACGUCUGCUCGUCCGAAUCCUUCAACGACGACAUCGCGGCCUUCGCGAAGCAGAUCCGUUCAGAGAAGCCCAUAUUCUCCUCCAACCCUGAGCUGGACAACCUGAUGAUCCAGGCCAUACAGGUUCUUCGCUUUCAUUUGCUGGAGUUAGAGAAGGUGCACGACCUGUGCGAUAAUUUCUGCCACCGCUACAUCACUUGUCUGAAGGGCAAAAUGCCCACAGACCUCGUCCUGGAUGAGCGGGAGGGUGGCUCCAAGUCCGACAUGGAGGACUUCACCGGGUCCUGCACCAGCCUGUCAGAGCAGAAUGCGUCAUGGUUACGGGAGCCAGAUGAAUGUGCCACCACCCCUCUGGGAACACCAGGCACCUGUGGCCUGCCUUCACACAGCACCGCAGACAACUGUAGCGAUGCAGGUGACGGUCUUGAUGGAGUGGCCUCUCCCAGCACAGGAGAGGAGGACGAGACCGACAGAGAGAGGAGGAACAACAAGAAGAGAGGGAUCUUCCCCAAAGUGGCUACAAACAUCAUGAGAGCGUGGCUCUUCCAGCACCUGUCGCACCCGUACCCUUCCGAGGAACAGAAGAAGCAGCUGUCGCAGGACACGGGGCUGACCAUCUUACAGGUCAACAACUGGUUCAUCAACGCCAGGAGGAGAAUAGUUCAGCCGAUGAUUGACCAGUCAAAUCGCUCAGGUCAGGGUGGUCCUUACAGCCCAGAGGGAGCAGCUCUGGGGGGCUACGGGCUCGACGGACAGGCCCACCUCGGCCUUCGGACAGCAGGCCUCCAGGGAAUGUCCUCUCUGCAGGCUGACUACCCCGGCGCUCUGCUGACUCAACCGGGCUACCCUCCCCACCCAGGACCGUCCCUCCACUCGUACCCGGGCCCUCACCCUCACCCCGCCAUGCUGCUCCACCCGCCGCCCCACGCACAUCCCGCCGAGCCGCUCCUCGCCCAAGGACUGGACAUACACGCACACUAGCUGAGGGGGGAGUUGGCGUUUUUUUUGUGCGAGGGAGAUGACUGUACGAAUGUGUGCGCGUGGUGGGAUGUGUGUGUGUGCGUGUGAGUGUGCGGCUGCGUAUGUGUAAUGACGCAUACAGUACACUAUUUAAAGAAAAAAAAAAGACACAUUGCUCUGAAAGUUUACAUUCCCCACUGAAAGACACUGACCUCAAUGUAGCUGUUCCACUCGUCAACACACACAUACACACAAGUAGACAUAAACAUUACACACAGUUCAGUCUGGACCCACAGGUUUAAGCCAUACCUCUUUCAGAGUAGAAGUGCUUCCUCCUCCAAACGUCUCCACUGUGUCCUGUGGGUGAGACACACGCUUUAAACUACACUUCCCAUCAUGCCUGCCUGCUGAACCACAGGAAGACGCUCCAUCGGAUGGGAGAGAGACAUUCACCCCCACAGCACAUGGACGUUACCGUGCGGGACUCGAUCCCGUCAACACGCCUUCUCCACCUCUCCCCGUCUUCCUGCACACGACGACCGUCAGAGACACAAACACACAACCUCCACACACACCUUAUUUAAAGCUUUUUUUUUUCUUUUUUUUUGAGUUUUUUCUUAUUCUAUUUUUAUAUUUAUGUGUGCCACUCCAGGCAGAUGCAGCUUCACUUGAGCUUUGUUGAAACGUUAGUGCUCUUCCUCAGCAUGAAGCUAAACACUAUGAAUGACUUCCAGUCUGCCUCGCUCUCGUACCACUGACCUCCUUAAGACGCCAAGAGGUGUCCGUUACCUUAGGAUCUUUUCCUACAGACACGCGCAACACACUCGCAACACACACACACAGCAGCAGAAGCAAACACCACACUUAAAGCCAUUUCAACACACACACACACACACACACACACACACACACACACACACACAUAUACACACAGACUUCUGUAAGCAUUUCUAGUACGUUGUUGUCUGUCGCGGCGGUGUGUGUGAGCGGAGCUGCAGCCAAAGGACUCUUUAAACAUUCAGCUCCCUCUCCACGCUGCUCGGACUGCUGAAGUAUUUGAAUGAUGAUGAUGGAAAAUACAGUUAAAGUAUUAAAAUGUUUUUUUUGUAA